GGAAAAAAACAAAACAACACGGUUUGUAUUAAUAUAGAAUGCGAGCUUUAGCUCACUGCGUUCCAUAGACAGCCAUGGAUUUCCGUUUUCGCAGCUCAGCCUUUUUAUUCUGGGCAAAAGCAAUAGCUGUGUUAUGUGUAUUGGUGGCUGCUAAUGCAUCUAGUGAGAAUGCGAAAACAGUGGAGUUCAAUGUUAAACCGGGAGGUGUGGUGCAUUCAUUUUCUGAGAAAAUUAAAGAGUAUGAAUGCACUUUCACCUAUGCUUCUCAAGGAGGCACCAAUGAGCAAUGGCAGAUGAGUGUGGGUUUGAGUGAUGAUGAUGGGCUCUUCUCUUGCUCAAUAUGGAGGCCCCAAGGGAAAUCCUACUUGUUUUUCACCCAGUUCAAAGCUGAGAUUAAAGGAGCGACGAUUGAAUACGCGAGUGCAUAUUCCCAGACGGCUGUAGGAGGAUUAAAGGAUGUGGCUCUGAGGGAAGAAGAGUACAUAAUUGGUGACUCCACAGUGACUCACAAAGAUGGAAAAUUCCGGGCUGAACUCUCCAAACUGACCGUCAUUGGUAGGACACGUCAUGAUGAGCUCUGAUUGGUUGAACUCUGAGAUGCUUGCCCUUUAGGAAAAGGGGAAUAAAUGGAUGGAUGUGGUGCUAGUCUGUUAAGCUCUGUUGCUUAACUGUUUCCUGACAUCACUGAGCAACGGAGAUUUAGCCAGAAGAAGAGAUGAAAGAAGUUUUUUGUUUGUUUUUUCCUCCCUCUUGUUGUUGGAUUCCUCCACUUUCAAAAACAAGCAUCAUCUGCCUGUGCCUGAAGGGGAUGAAAAAACCAAGAGGGUCUACUUUUCUACCACACUUUGACAAAUAAUAUAUAUAAAUUUUUUUUUUUCAGUUUCUGUUAUCAUGAUCUGGUAGUAGUGUAAACAGAUUUUAAUAAAUAAAUUAAUCUGUCAUGGAUUGUGACAUCAUGGUCAAAAUGUUCAUGUUGCUGUUGUGUUUAGCUGAUUACAAGAUGCUUUUUUUUUUGGACAGAUGUUUUGCUAAUUUUUUUUUUUACCACACUUGAACACCACAACUUUUAAGAAACCAUAAAUAUAUUUAAGCAAAAUUUGAAAUUUUCAUCAAAGCCCCCUAUAUUAUUUAGUUUUAAUCUUGCCUAGGCUGUCCUCCUGCAAAGAUCAUGUUGUGUAAGAAGCCAGUGUAAUAAACGUGGUGGUAAAAACCAUCUGCCUAAAGAUGUCUAAAACCUCGGUAGCUACGUGUGAAUUCUUCACACAAUGAAUUUCACACUUUUAUGAAGUUGUUGGAUAUCCGUGUGUCCUACUAUAAUAGUUGUAAGCCCAAUUCAGUCUGUAAUUGGAUACAGUCUGUCAAAAUGUCAGUGAUGGUCCUAUGCUGCAGUCAGAGUGACAUCUUUUAAAUGCAGUUUUGGAGUUAAAUAGACAUUAAAGAUGAACAAAACCCCCAAAUAAACUCCUUUAUACUGACAGAUAACAUCCAUACAAAAUAUGUUUGAGUUUUCACUUGUUCAUAUUUGUACCUGUAUACAGUGUCCAGGUUUUAUUUUAAAAGAAAAACAAUGUCCCUGGGCGCUGACAUCUCGCGCUCCCUCCAAGGUUCAAAUAUUGCGCGGAGUACAAAUUCCACAAGAGAAUCCGAGAUUAUGACGUCACUUACAUGCUACAUGACUUACUGAAGCUAAUGGAGGUCGUGGAUACAUCGCUUCUAAAUUGUUGUAAACAACCCUGAAGAUGCCUGAGUGUCAAAGCAUUUGCCUGCUCGCCAAAACAGCGAAACACACACACUCUCUCUCUCUCACACACACACCCAGCCAGGAGGCUGUUUGCUAUCUAUAAACUCUAUCACUGGCUAUUCAGUGUUUUCUGUUGUGUUUUGUUCUUUUUUUUUUUAAUUAGUUAGUUAGAAUUUUUUUUUUUACGUUUUCCAAUUUUUUAAUUAAAACUUUCCUUGUAUUUUA